AAUCCAUCCAGCUCUAUCGUAUCCCUCCCUUUUUUCCCCCCCCCCCCUCCUCAAUCCUAUCCCCCAGUUGGCUCGCCUUACAUCGCCUGGCCACUGCCGGUUUCCUCUUUUUUUGCCCUCUCCCGUUCCUCCCUCUCCCCUUCCUUUCCCUCCCUCUUCUUUUUACUCUCUCUUCCUCUGCCCUCGAUCCCCUUCAACUUCUUCACCCCCAUUCCCCCCCCCCUCCUCACACUUUCUUUCUCCGUCUCCGGACACACACCCAGCGUCACACAACUUGGGAAUAGGUUUCCCGUGCUUCGGUCGUUACUUUCACUGCUGUGCUAGCACUCAUGAACACCAUCAUGAAUCCUCUUCACUUUCAUCACCCCCCGUCACCCCCCCGACUCUCGCCCCCCGUAUGGGUAAGCUGGAUCUCCCCCCUCUCUUGUUUUGUCAAGAUUUAUUUCUUCUCCUUUGUCCUCUUCCACUUCUUCUUGCACUUGUAUGUUUCAAGUGCGUUGUCAAGUGUUUGUGUUGCCGUUGCUUGUUUUGAGUGUUUGGGUUUGGAACUUCAGCUGACCAUUCUCCCAGGGGGGAGGAAGAGAAAGGUGGAUGAUGACGGGCGGCCUGACGACAGUGGAUAUCCCGAGGACGAGCAAAUGAAUACCUCCCCGUCCCAUUCGCCGAAUGCAUAUAACCGCCCGACCCAUUCCCAGAACAGAAUCAAGAGGCAACGCAAUAAUGUCUCCGGCCGCCCACUCCCAUUGUCCCGUCUACUCGAAACCGUCGAUGUGAAUGCUCUCAAGUCGAUACUGCAGGUUAUGUGCGAUCGACAUCCCGAGCUCACAACUGAAGUUUCUUCACUUGUUCCUCGACCUACCGUCUCUUCUGCCCUCUCGACUCUGAACAAUUAUGAGUCGUCUGUAAGAUCCGCGUUUCCUUACGGCGGUAAUUCUACUGGUGAUUAUGCGUAUAAUCGGGUCCGCCCCGCUCUCAUGGAACUUCUCGAUGCCCUGUCGGACUACACACCGCAUUUUCUUCCCCCAAACGAAGCCCAGGCAUCCACCAGCUUGGCUUUCCUCGACGAAGCUACCAAUAUCAUUCAUCGCUUGCCUACUUGGGAUAAUCCCGUUCACAAUCAUUCCAAGAAUAUGGCGUACGAAGAAAUCGCAAAGGCAUGGGUUUUGGUUGUUCAGGAGGCAGCUAAGCGUGGUGCUGGGAUUGGACUUCACACUGGGGGGUGGGAUAUGAAACUUGGGAAGCAUGUCGAGCAGUCGGGAGGAAGGAUGCAGGCAGCCCUGACUCAAAUGAGGCAGUCAGUAGGUUGGAUGGGAGAUUCAGGGAAUGGUCAGAGGCGUAUAGGCGGAUUGGGUUUUAACAUGCAUUCCACUGGGGUUCAGGUUUCAGUACGCAGCUGG